AUGGCACACUCAUUCUCCAUACAGCCUGUGGGCCGAUUUGCAAGGCCCAGUGAGGCUGUCAAGCGGCCAAAGGAAUUUGCAUGCUUCUCAUAUGACGACGAACACAAGUUCCAUCUCAGCGACCAGUCUCUGAGGUGGUACUACAACCCUGAGCUGGGCGUAGAUCUCUCUGAGGGGUUUGAGAAAUUCAUCAAGCAUGAUGACAGCGUUGAUGAGCACCUGGACAGUCUGUUGAAUACAAUCAUAGAUCAUGAGAAGCAGACUGGCAAGAAGAUUGAUGCCAACAUAAUCAUGGCAAGCCCUUUUGAGGACCGAGAUGGUUUCGAGCUAAAUGCUACCUUGUACCAAGUGCUCAUCAGUUUCAUCGAGGAGAAUCACGCCUAUCGCAUGGAGUCUCAGAAAGAACAAGCAGCCCAGCCAUGGAGAGGGCCAAUACCUCAAGAGAAGAUGGCGUUCUGGGGUUAUAAGUUCGAGACGCUGGCAACAUUACCCGCCCCAUGGGGCGAGACAUCCCGCGAGUACAUAGAGGGCCGUGUGAACGAAACCGUCAACAACGAGGCCCAGUACUGCUCUGUAGUGCGAACAGGCGUAGGCAAGACCAUCCUCUGCCUCGGUGGAGAAGUCGAUGCCAUCUGGGACUCGAAACCCCGCAAACAAGGCGACCCAACCCAUUGGGUGGAACUCAAGACCUCGGCCGAGAUCCGCAACGACCGUGAUUAUGACAACUUCGAGCGCAAGCUGCUCAAGUUCUGGAUCCAGUCCUUCCUGCUCGGCGUGCCCAAGAUCAUGGUCGGGUUCCGCUCCCGGGAAGGCAUCCUUCUCAAGGUCGAAGAGAUCGACGUCGAGGGAAUCCCGACGACGGUGGCCCAGAGGAACCGCCGCUGGGACGGUAACACGUGUAUCAACUUCGCGGCCGAUUUUCUGGAAUGGCUGCGAACCAAAAUUGAUGACGAGGGCGUCUGGAGAAUACGGCGGCGCGCAAGAGGCGCCCACAUCGAAGUGUUCAAAACGCAAGAAGACACUAUUCAUGGCAGGAUCAUCACGGAGGACUUCAUCAAGUAA